GGACCUGUCACACUGUAUCAUUUACUCGAGAACACUCCCACAUCUGGAUCAUCUACCCAGGGUAAAUGCCGAUGUUAUCUGUCAUUACAGAGAAACCUUCACAACCGAAGAUCACUGGACCUGCAUCAGCUGACUCAGGUGGGCGUGUCACCCUGACAUGCUCCUCCUCCUCCCGGAGUCUCCCCCCGGACCACCCCCCUCUGACCAUGACCUACAUCUGGAGGAGGAACAGUGAGAAGAUUCAAGAAGGGAAAGACGUUCAUGUAGCCGGGCCGAACCUCAUUAUGAGACACAUCAGCAAGGCGGAAGACGGCAACUACAGCUGUCAGGCUGUGGAGGAGGGGCUGGAGUCUGACUGGAGUCACGGACACGACCUGGAUGUUCAGUAUGGACCAGAGCAGAUCCUGUUCAAUGGAACAACCAGCACAGUGACUGCUGCAGCAGGUGCCCCUCUCACAGUGAGAUGUUCCGCUGACUGUAACCCUGCCUGCACUGUAACCUGGUGGAACACAUCCAGACACAGGCUGGUUACAGGACACAGGGAGGCUGUGUUGUCUACGCCAGCUGUUGACAGAUCGGGACAGUACAUCUGUCAUGUCUACAACACACAUGGGAAUAAGUCGAGGAAUCUGAAGCUUGAUAAACCAAAUGGAGUCGUGUCCAUGUCGUCCCUCCUGGUCCUGGUGGUGGUGGUGGUUGUGGUUGUGGUGUUGGUGGUCUGUGGGAUACGUGGAUGCAGGAGACUGAGAGCAAAACGGAAAUUAAGGUAUGCUGCCCACCUGACUGCACUGAACAACAGAGCCAGCAGCGAGUCCCCCUACGCUACAGUCCACGACGAGGGUGCCAGGGUGUCCUACUCAAACAUGAGAGAAUCUUCUGCUUCAAGCGAGCAGCACAAUGCUACAGCUAAUGACGAGGGUGCCAGCUUGCCGUUGCCAAGGUCUGAUGAUACAGCUGACUAUGUGUCUCUCGGGCAGGAAGAACACGUCCACAUCUACACGGCUCUGCGCCCCAAAGUUAGGCAGCAGGUGGGGGGUGGGAGAAGGAAGGCUGACACAGCGGGAGGAUCACCACAAGCCGGGAUAACACCUCCUCAUCACUGUAUCCUCAACUCUCACAGGGCAUGUCCUAUGUGAAACAUCCAGAGAAGGAACACGUUACAGACACUCGAGCACGAGUCAAGUCAACAGCUUUUGUUACUAAGUCCCUGUAUUGAUGUAGAUCUGAACGUUACUAUGUCCCUGUCUUGAUGUAGAUCUGAACUUACUAUGUCCCUGUCUUGAUGUAGUCUGAACUUACUAUGUCCCUGUCUUGAUAGAUCUGAGAUCUGAACGUUACUACUGUCCCUGUCUUGAUGUAGAUCUGA